UUUAAGAAAAACAUACAUGUUAGAUUUCUAAUAAUUUGUUUCUUUGACCACGAAUAAUGAUUCUAAACAUGAAGUAAUAAGAAUUGAAUUAUGCAGAGUGACCUGUCUUUAAAUGCCUCACCCUAUACUGUACGCCCACUGUAUAUGUACUUUGGUCGUAUUCUCGUUGCCAUGCAACCACUAAAUGCAACACAAAGCUCACGAGGAUUCUAAGAAAUAUGCAGUAAAAGCUCGCCGCACAUUACAGUUGUAAUUAACAAUGGCAGACGACGUGAAGCCGGAAGUAAUUAAAAAGACGCAAGAUGUCCUUGGCAAGUAUUUUAAAAAGCCUCCACUCACUGAGAAACUACUAAGGAAACCGCCGUUUCGAUUCCUCCACGACAUUAUAUCUACAAUCAUAAACGAAACUGGUUUCCUGGAUGGUUUAUUUACCGAAGAGGAAUUAAACUCUGAAAAUAUAAAAAAUAAAGAGGCGAAACUUGCUUAUUUAACAAAAUUGAUUGACGUUGUCAAGUUAACUACUAACGCUAAUUUAACUGUAAGAGCUAGUAAGAUCGUUUCUGGUCAGGAACCAACUAAAACAAAUGAGUUACUGCAAGCAAUUGGAAAAGCUUUAGAUAAAAAGAUUAGCAGUGAAGAAGCCAUUGAACACUAUAAAAAGAAUCUACAGAAAAGUAAAUCAACCUCGAGAGGUAAAUCAUCAGUGGAGAAAGGAGAAAGAAAAACGUCAAAAGAGGUGCCUCAAAAAAGAAUUACAACGGCCAAAGAAAAAUCUACAGAACAAAAGAAAAGAAUCUCUAGUGCAACUGUACAAGAAUCAGAAUCGCAUAGAAAUGAAAAUCAAGAAGCUCAAAGAAAUAUUGAAGUUACACGCACACCACAAACUGAGUCACUCCAAGACAAAAUACCUUCAUCUGGCCACAGAAGAAAAUCUUCGGCUGCUAAAUCAAAACAGAACACACCUCCCAUAUCUUCGGUUGAAAAAACUCCUGUGCAAGUAAAUGCAAGCACAGACAAAAAGGAAGAUGAGAACAAAAAACAUAAAGAAGUUGAAAAUAAAUCAAAGCAAGCAAUGCUUAGUGAACAUGACGAAUCUCAAAAUCACAUGCCAGAUACUGUAUUCCUGGAAUCCAAAAAUACAAAUAAUAUAGAAAGUGAUAAAAUAAAUGAAAGUAAAGAGAAAACAGAAUAUAAAGACAAUGAGAUGAUAAAUAGUGAAAUUUCUUCUCAAAAUACAGAGAAACCUGACAAUGUAACAUCAGAGGCUCCAAAAUCUCAAUUAGAAAAUAUUGAUAUAAGACCAAGAACCUCUUUACGUCCACCUAGUGCAAGACCCAUUAGUGCUAGGCCUGCAGCACCUAGGAUACGAGGGAAACAAGAAUUGAUUAUUAACGAAGAAAUAAUGACACCUAUGGGAAAUAUUAGCGUCAUUGUAGAAAAUUCUGAUACUAAAGAAGAUGACGCGGAGGAUAUGGUAGUCAUGGAAACUAGAGGAAGCGGUGGAGAUUCUUUAGACGAUAAUAGUACCUAUAAAGUUGAUGAACAGUUAACACAAGAACAUGGACAUCUUGUUGCUCAAAUAUUGGAAACACAGAAAGAACUGGUUAAUAAUGAAAAUAUAGACGUGAUGCCUAAAAAGACAAAUAUCGCAUGGGAUACAAAUUCGAAGCGUGACGUAGUUUCAAAGGAAAUUGAUAAACUUCGUAAUACGAUUCAAACUUUGACUCGUGCAACAAAUCCACUUGGAAAAUUGUUAGAUUACUUUCAGGAAGAUGUAGAAAUCAUGCAAAAAGAGUUACUGGAAUGGAGAAAUCAGUACCAGCAAGUUAACGAACAAUUAAAAAUAGAAAAAAUAAAAACACAAGAAUUAAUCGAACCUAUGAAGGAGACAUUGAAAGAAAUCGAUCAUAAUAUGGAAAUGCAGUUAGAUAAAAUAUGCCAGGCAAAAUCACAAAUAAUGAAGAAUGAUCAAAGGAUACAAACGUUAUUAAAUGGUCAUGUUUAA